AUGGAAAGCUAUAGGAAUAUCAAAAUUUAUGAUGCUGGCACUUAUUUCUUAAUCACAGGCCAAAAAAAGACAUCACCUCUAUACAGCAUGAUAAAAAUCAUUAAAAGUUCUGGACCUAUUUCUAUCCAAGAAGAUUUUCAAACUCUAAGUCAAAAUGAUCUGCUUAUGUAUCUCAGUAACAUUCUUCCAAAGGACAACAUACGCACAGCCACAGAAGCUGAAGCUAUACUAGGACUCACAAAAUUUCUCCAGGGUUAUUACUUAUACUAUAUCACGAAAAGUCAAAAAGUUGCCAAAAUUAGAGACCAGUCGAUAUACAAAAUUCAAGAAACCAAACUUUUAAAGCUUUUCCCAGAAAAACAGAAAUCAGAAGAAAAGAGAUACAUGGAUAUUUUUAGCGGUCUCGACAUGGCUAUGGGAUUUUAUUACUCUUAUACCUACGAUCUCACUCAUACGCUUCAAGAAAACAUAUCCUCAAUGAUGGGAGACGACAAAUCCUUAUCGAGGUCUAACAAAAGGACUCAGUCUCAACAUCAUUUGGGAGAAUGCGUCAAUAAUGAAUGUGAGCACGAAUGAGAAUACUAUCCUUGGAAAACCAUGUAUGUGUGAAACCAUGAUCAAAUGAUAUCAGUCCUAUCAGCACUUAAAGACAAAACUUGGAUAACUCCUAUAAUUCAUGGGUAUGUAGGGUACCAUUGCCUGUCUAUGGUAGGAAGAAUCCUUGAUUUAGUCGUCAUUGCGAGAAGAUCAAGAUAUUUUGCUGGCACAAGGUAUCUAAAAAGAGGACUCAAUGAAGAAGGAAAAGUUGCCAAUGAUGUAGAAGAAGAACAAAUUCUUAUUGAUAAAGGACCUUUUGGGCCGAUGAGCUCUUUUGUACAAGUUAGAGGAAGUGUUCCUCUGUUUUGGUGCCAAGAGCCAAACCCAGUUAUCCCACCUCCUGCAAUUAUUUUGAAUAAAAAUGAUUUUUUAAGAGAAGGUACAAGAAAGCACAUAGCUGAUUUAUUCCAGAGAUAUGGAAAACCAUUAAAUCUUAUUAGUUUGCUGAGAUAUCAAAAAAAGCACAAAGAAAAUGCAAUUGCACAAGAAUAUUUCAGAUGCGUUGAGUAUCUUAAUGGCCAUCUCCCAGAUAAGUAUAAGUUGAAAUUUUAUCCAUUUGACAUAAAAACUGAAGAAAAAACAUCAAGGGCGAACAUGAUAAACAAAAUGUACAUUCUAGCUGGAGAAUGCUUGGACCAAACUUCAAUUUUCACUUGUAAAUUCAAAACAAAUGGGCUGAUGAAGUGCGCUUUUCAAAUAGGAACAGUAAGAACCAAUUGCAUUGAUAGUAUUGAUCGAACUAAUAUAGCCCAAAUGCUAGUUGCAAGAGUUGCCCUAGAAAGACAGCUAAAAGAAAUGGGCUUGGCACAAUACCUUAAUAUAGAUUCAAUGAUAAUUAGACUGAUAAGCCAGCUUUAUGAGGAAAUGGGAGAUAUGAUUGGAAUUCAGUAUUCAGGCUCAGAAGCCCACAAAGGGAAAUAUAUUCAAAAUAAAAAGAAAAAGAAAAAAUUCACAGCGAUUAAGAGACAUUGGGCAAAUCUCAUAACAGAUCCAAAAAAGCAGCAGGCCAUGAACCUAUUUUUAGGUGUUUAUAAGCCUCUCUUAAAUAAUGUCCCGCUUUGGGAAAUUGAAGAUGAUACGAGGCUUCAUAAUCCAAUUGAUCUAAAUAAAAAAAACCCUGAAAAAGAUUGAUGGAAAAUUGAAGUAGGGAGAUUUUUGAAAAGGCUGGGGAUUUGGAGCUCAGCUGCAAAAGAAGAAUUCAAUAGGAGCUUUCCAAUCCGCAGGGUUUUCAGCGAGACAAGCUUGAGUUUUGGCUCUUCACCUAAAAACGCCCCAGUAAAAAAGAGAACAAGAACUUAUUCAGUAUCCAAGGGUCUUUUCACCCUUCCAAAAUCUUCAAAGAUGUCCUAUUUUGACGAAAAAAUGCCUCACCCACAUUGCAAAAUAGUUGAAAUUCCCUUCUAUGAUCCAAUAACAUAUGAGUUUUCAGGGACUGAAAAAAUUGAAGAAAAAUCAUUAGAGCUUGAAAAGCCUUCAUAUUUAAAACUAAAGUCAGAUGAACUUGCUGUAUUUGAAAACUCUUUAAAGAAUGAGAAUAAAAAUGAUGAAAGCUUUUCUGAAAAAGAAGCUGAGCAAGAAGAUUUUUGCGUUGACCCGAAAGAGCUUGUUAAAGAAGCAGGAACAGAUCUCGAUCUCUAUUUUAAUAUAAAAUUAGAUGGAGAGUUUAUGUUGGAGCAAGAAGAAACCGAAGACAAUGAUAAGAGCGAAGUGAGUGUGAUUUUAGAAAAUGAAGAUGCCUCUCAUAAAGUUCAUAUUUUAGAGAACUAUGUAGACUCAAAGCCUAGCACAUAUGCAAAAAUAUUGUAA